AUGGUGUCCAAGUAGCCGUUACAGGCAUACAAUACUAAUCUAUAAUUUCAACAAACACAUCAAAUUUUCGCAUUUUUAUAAAUUUACAAUCCUCAAAUUCAACCAAAACCCUUGUUCAUCUUCACUUUUUGCAAUGGCAGAUUUUGCAAACCUAUCUGAUAGUGAUGAUGAUAGAAAAGUUGAAGCCCUUCUUGCCCAAGCCCUGGACCACUCUGUUCUUGAACAAGUUUCUGCUAUUAAUUGCGCUGGAUUUACUGACCCAAUUCUGCCCAAUCAGCUUGAAUCCAGGUUCAGUAGGCUCAAAUCAUUCCCUUCUGCAAAACCCAUGUCUCAAAUUCCCCCAAUUAAGCCUUCUGAUCCUCCAAUUAAGAGUGAUUUGAAGGAGAAAAAGUUGGGUCAGUGUGAUGAGUUUGAAGCCCUUGAUGUGAAUGUUGGAGCCCCUGUUGUGGAGACAAAAUUGGAGAAUGGUAUUUCGGUUUCCCCUGCGAAAAUGUCGGGGUUUUCGAAGGGAGGAGAUGGGGAAUUGGGGAAGAAGAUGAGGGUGAGAAAUGUGUCAUUUAGGUCUCCUUCAGAUUCCAGGGCUUCGUCGAGGGAUUCUUCGCCGUCUCCUACUCGUGCGAUUGGUUGUUUUUGGUGUUCUCCGAAGAGGGUUUCGGGGAGGAAGAGUAAGGAGUACAGGAGUGAUGAUGAUUGGGGGAAGAAUGAGGAGGUUUUGUCGGACAUAAGUGAUUUUUCGGCUAAAGGGCAGGAGAAAUUGUUGAAGAAAAUGAUGAAGGAAGAAGAGAAAAUUAACAGGGAGGCUGCGAAGAUUGUGAAGUGGGCGAAGCAAGUGUCAGCCAGGAUGGAGCUUUCGGAUGCUGAGGAUGAGAUGAGUGAUCAUGAGGGUACAAAAUGAUCAUACCAUCUAAUAUAGUGCCAUCUAAAAUACAACAUUGUAUAGGUUAGUACUGCUAUAUAUGAAUCUAUUUCCUCCGCGGGAUCA